AUGACGAUGAUGAAAAACGCUCUAUUCUUAUUCGUAGGCAAUUUACAAGUAGAAUUCGAAGAAUUCGAAUGUCGUGGUAUGGAUACUCACAGCUUAUCUGUAUUAUGCAAAUCGCAUUCAAGUUCGAUCCUGCAACUUCCUGAUUACAUCACUUACAAUGUGCGACUACUAUUCAUAGAUGCAAGAAACGGAGGCACUUUAGCAAUCACUGAAAUCGAUAUAUUUCGUCGUUUCAAAUUAUUAAAGACUUUGGAAAUCACCGUCAGCAAAAGUUUGCAUAUUUCUGAAAAAUUACUCGAAUCGCAUUCGAAAAGUCAUCUGAGCGAAGAAAUCUUCAAACUGCCUCAUUUGGAAUGUCUGUCAGUCGAAUACGAAGAAUUCAAUAGACAAAAUUACAUGUGGAAAUUACCUCCUAAGAUGGUAAAAUUUCGUUUAUCGAAUUCCGUGUUCGAGUAUGAUCUCAAAGAUUGUGCUAGUUUAAGUGGAUUACGUUUGGAUCGAAAUGAAAUGAACAAAUUGCCAUCACUGCAUGAAGACGCGGUGCCAUUUUUCAGAAGAUUGGAGUUGACGUCUAACCCUAUGAGUAAUUUGGUCGCUGAUGAUUUGGCAAGUUUUUGUAGGAUAAAUAAACUCGUUGUGAAGAAAGUUCCGAUUAGCGGUUGCGAAUGUAAAAGAACGAGACAGUUUCUUAAAGAGUGGAGUGCCAGUGCUGAUGAAAAGAAGUAUAAAUUCAAAUUUGAUACUGAUCUGGUUUGCGGUGAUGAUGGAAAUUGCGAUAAGUACACCACCGAUGAAGCUAACCGUGUAAGGAAACGAUGUCUGCAGAAAAGAAAACCUCAUCAUUCAGGAACUGUUUCCAAAUUGCUUGAAAGAACAGUUCUCCAUUGGAUUGUUGCGUUGAUUAUGAUGAGUUCGAUGAGUUCCUUCGGAUUAUUGUUUAUUUGAUGAUGGACUAGUAAAGCGUGUGGUACAAAAUGGAGUCAAUACCUAAAACUGUUGAUGUAUCAACUUACCUAUUUCAUUUUUCAAAUGUUUAAAAUUAUCAAAGUUUUGAAGUUUAAUUAAACGAUUUCAUAAACAUCGACACCCGAUUGAUUGAAUAGUUGAAAUGUUCAUAAAAAUA